AAGGUACCCUAAUAAUGGCCUCAGUUUGACUGGAUCACGAAAGGGUAGCAACUCUAUUGGACGCAGCAGACUGCAGAGACCGCUAUGGACGCGUCCGUGAUCGCCAGCUUCCGUGAGAAGGUGGUGCAGAAACCCGAGGUGUGUGUGACGUCUUGAUCUGUUGCUGGAGUGUCUAGAGGUGCUGAAAUUUACCGUGUAUUGAUCUGUGCAGUUGUUUUUCACUCCGUCGGAAGAGGUGGCAAAGGAGAUUAAGGCGUUCGCUAAGCAUGCAUACGACCGAACGUCUAAAUACCAGAGCAAGAGUGGCGGUGCUACGGCACUGGACGAGCUGUACGUGGACGGCUUCGACGCGGACCAGGUCUGGGAGCAGCUCCGUCUACUGAACGGCCCGUUGGUGACCGAGAUGACACAGCGAAUUCGUACAUUCCACAAGAACCCGGACAAUAUUUUGCUAUUCCCGUCAGAAAAGCAGGAGGAGAGUGAAGAAGAAGAAGAGGAGGAGGAGCAAGAGGAGGAACAGAAGGACAGCGACGCUGAUAGCGACGAGAAGGACAGUGACGACGACGAGAAUUCGGACGAUGACACUGCCGACUCCGACGAGGAAGAGAAGGAGGUUAAGAAAAGUAAGAAGAAAGCUAAGAAGGCCCGCGAUGUCGCCGAGGAUGGCUUUUUCGACUGGGAUGAGAUGGAUAAGGCAGCAGAAGAGGAAGAGGAGGAAGAUGAAGACAUGGACGACGAUAUGGACGGCGACGAUAGCGAGAAUGGUGAAGAUGAAGAUGACGACGAUGAAUCGGAGAUGGAAGAAGAUUCAGACGCCGAGACCGCGGAGGAGAUGAAAUACGACGACUUUUUCGGUGAUGAAGAUGAGGAAGGUGACGAGGGUGAUGAAGAAGAGGAAGAAGAGCUUAAUGACGUCGAUAUGCAGGACGGCGACAACGACGACGAGGAAUACCCGACUAUCAAGCGCUCGAAACCUGAUGAGGACGAGAAUGUCGACGACGAGGAGCUUGCUGAGCGCGGUAUCAUGUCGUCGCACCAGCGUCAGCGUCAACGUCUUCAGAAGGAGAUUAAGGAUCUGGAACAGGAGGCUAUCAGCGAGAAGCCGUGGCUUCUGAAGGGUGAGGUGCGCUCUGCUGCGCGUCCAGAGAAUAGUUUGCUAGAAGCGGUGCUGGACUACGACCGACCAGUGAAGGCUGCCCCUGUGAUCACCGAGGAAGUGUCGAUCGCACUUGAGGAAAUGAUCAAGAAGCGCAUCUUGGAAGACGAUUAUGACGAUGUGAUCCGUAAGUUCGCUGGUAACGAAGAGGACCAGAAGAACAAGCUGGAGGAAGUGUCUAUGGAGAAGUCGAAGGAGGGACUGGGUGAGAUUUACGAGAAGGAAUACAUGAAGACAGCCAUGGGCUUCGAAGCCGAUGACGAGUCCAAGCAGGACCAGGAGGAGAUCGAAGUGAUGUUCAAGAGCCUCUGCUGGAAGCUCGACGCGCUGUCCAACUACCACUUUACGCCCAAGCCGGCCGUCAAGGAGCUGCAGGUCAAGCCUGCGGUGCCUGCUAUUGCAAUGGAGGAGGUGGUGCCGAUCAGUGUCAGCGACGCGAACUUGAAGGCGCCCGAGGAAGUGUACGAGAAGAAGCGCAAGCGCGGCGAGGCUGUGCUGCAGUCCAAGGAGGAAAUGACUCAGACGGAGCGCAAGGCGCUGCGCAACGCCAAGAAGCACGCACGGAGGAAGGAGAAGCGCCAGCGCGAGUUCGACGAGCGGCUGGUGGCCAAGCUCAACCCCGGACUGGGCAACAAGUACGAGAAGAAGAAGAUGCUCGAGAGCAUCGCUGGCGCCAAGAACAUCACCACGGGCAAGCAGAUCGAGGGCUCGUCCAAGCAGUUCUCCAACUCGAAGGAGUUCUUCACACGCCUGCAGGACGAGGUGCAGGAAAAAAUCAGGAGUGCAAGCAGCAGCAAGUAGAGAGACGAUGCCUCACGUUAAGCGGCAGCUGGCCGCGUCUUCGAGCAAUAGAAUGGAUUUUGUGCAUUUUGUA